AUGUCCGCAUAUGAAGAACCUCUUUCUAGUCCAAAUAUGGCAAGUUCCAUAGUAUUUAUGAGUAUAAUUUGCUAUUAUAAUUCAAGAUGAUGAAUUCUUAAAUAACUUUAAAAUGAAACAAUCUUAAUUCACUAUGCUUGAUAGAAUAAAGCUCUCCAGAGAAAUGAGCGAAUAGAGUAUUCUCUCCUAAGACUCUGAUGAUUUCGAAGUCAAAUAAGGUUUUAAGAAUAAGAUCUGGAAAGAUAGAGCUCUAAACAUAAUAGUUCUUGUUGCUCGUUUUGUUACUUACUUAUUGACUAAUUCAGAUAAAUUUAAAUUGAGAUAUUUAGAUCAUAGAUAAUUCAAAGUUUUAGGAGAUAAAGCUUCAAAUUUUAAUUUCUUUUUAACACAUAAAUUAAUUAGAGGGAAGUCUAAAUAAGGCUCAUUAGUAAUUUUAAAUAAUUAUUUUUUAAGGAAUUACUUUAUGCAAAAUUUAAGGUUUACCUUAGUUUUUUAAGAGUAUUUGGAUCUAUUAUUAAACCAAUAAAACCUGAUAAUUUACUUAAACUUUAUUGGGAUGUUAUAGUCUUUCUCAUUCUUCUUAUAAAUAUUCUAUACAUUCCUCUUAAAAUCUCAUUUGAAAUAAGUGUAGUUGAUGGAGCAGACUUUUUUUUAGAUACUUUACCUUAAUAUGUAUUUGUUUUUGAAAUUUUGCUUAAUUUUAAUGUUGCUUACUAUUCAAGAGGUGUACUUGUAUUGAAUAGAGCAUAGAUUUUCAAGCAUUAUUUAAAAGGUAAAUUUGCACUUGAUUUUAUUGUUUUGAUUCCAUUUAUGAUAGGAAGAUCUAAUGUUCCCUAUAUUGAAUUUGUGUUAUUAUUUAGAGUAUCCAGAGUAUUUUAAUUUUAUUAUCUUUUAAGGUUAUGUAUAUUUUUGAAAAUAUUGUUGAAACUAUGAAUCUUAGAGUUAAUUUUGCAUCAGUUAUUGAUAUCAUUUCUUUAAUGUCAACUUUUUUAUUUGCCUCACAUAUUAUAGCUUGUAUUUGGCAUUUUAUUGCAAUUCAAGAAGCAUAUUUUUAAGAAAAUACCUGGAUUCAAAGAGCCAAUCUACUUGAUCAGAAUUGGUAAUCUAGAUAUAUAACAAGUUUUUAUUGGGCUUGUAUAACUACAUUAACUAUUGGAUAUGGUGAUAUCAUACCUGUAACAUAUUAUAAGAUAUUUAUUAAUAGGUUACUCAAUAUGAAAAAAUAUUUGUAAUUUUUGUAACUCUUUUAAGUUCUAUCAUUUUUGGAUAUACAAUAUCAAGUAUUGGAUCUAUUUUUGCUUAAAUGAGUGAAAAUAAAAAUUAUUUAAGAGAUAAAAUGACAAUGAUAGAUUCAUUUCUUAAAAAAAGAGGUUUGAAUAAAGAUUUGUAAGUAAAAGUUAAGAAAUUCUUUGAAUACUUUUUGAAAUAAGAAAGAGAUUAAGAAUCUGAAUGUGAAAAAUUAAUGACUCAUUUAUCUGGAACUUUAAAUAGAGAAGUCAAAAUUGAUUUUUACAAAAAUUUGUUGUAAACAUCUAAAUUAUUCAGACAAAACUUUUCUCCUCAAUUUAUAGAAAAGUUAUGCAUUUUAGUUAAGGAAUAAUCAUUUGUUCCUGAAGAAAUCAUCUCUAUUGAAGGGUAUUGAAAAUUUAAUUAUUAGAUAAAAAGUUGAUAAAAUUUAUUUUAUUCUCAAAGGUGAAGUUGAAGCUUACAUAAGUAAUAAUAAAACUAUUAAAAUUUAUUCAAGAAGUUAAGCUUUAGAUGAAAAAUCCUUUAUUUCACAACAUCCAGCUUUAUUCUCUACAAGAGCUAUUAAAUUUUCAAAAUUAGCUUAUAUAACUUAUGAUGAUUUAAUAGAAUUAUUAAAAUAUAAUUAAUAAGAUAGAGAACAUUUUUUUUAAGUUAAACAUUAAAUUGAAUUUGGUGGUAGAGUUAAAAUGGGUGGUUGUGAAUUAUGUCAUUAAAAUCAUGAUUUCAUUAAAUGUCCAUUUGUAUUUUAUACACCCAAUAGUUUAAGAUUAUUUAAAAAAAAUGAUUACGAUGAAAAGUAACAUAGAAAAUUUAAAAUAAGAUCUAGAAAAUUAGAUGAGAAAACUCAUAAUGUAAUGUAAAUUAAUAACUAUUUAUAGAACUCACUAAUAUAAAUAAGAAAUUUGUAAUCAACAGUCUUUAACUAUUGUGCUUACUAAGGUUUAUUAAAUGAAAUUGGACCAAACUCAGAAUUUAUUUUGUCAAAUAAAUUUAAUUUCUAAUAGGAUUCAGCUUAAGAAGAAAUGGAUAAUAGUUUAACGAAUUCAAAUAAUGACUCAGAAUAUAAACCAAUAAAAUCUUAAAAUCUAUUACAAAUCAGAAGAGAUUCGAAAAGAAAAGUUUCUGAAAAUAAAGAUUCUCAAUCUAUUAAAUCUAAAAAAAAAUAAACCAGAGUUUCAAUAUAGAAGAUUUGUUAAUAAAAUAGAAAUUCUGUAUAAUAUGAAAGAGAAUAAGGUUUUCAAGAAAAAAGAUAUAAAUAAAGUGCAAAAAGACCUACUUUAAUCUUAAAUUAGGUGAAACUUGAUUAGAGUGAAAAAUUAGAUGAUGAUCCUUUAUAAAAUUAAUUUUAAUAAGCAAUUGCUCUUACUUUAUAGACUUAAUAAUAGUAAGGAUCACCUUAAUUACCUUAAAUAUAUGGUUAAUAGCCACAGCCAUAAUUUAUAAAAGAAUUGGAUAUAGAUUAAGUAUAAUUUAUUGAAAUGGAUAUUGCAAAAUUAAUGGCUAAAUAAGAAUGUGAUAUAGAUGCACAAAAAGAAAUGGAAUUUUAUGACACUGGAUUUAACUUGUAAAUAGUUGUGGGAAAAUUAAAAAAAGUAAAUAAAAAGUUGCCAUUAAAAUUAAAAAGAAAAAGACUGAGAAAAUCAAUUGCAAGAUCUCAAUCAAUACGACAUAUUAGUUAAACCAGAUCUUGA